AAAGCGGGGGAGGGGGGUUUCCCAAGGGAGUGAAAUUCCCAUUCCAUGGGUAUUACCAUGCCCGUGGGGUUGGCAGUUCUUAAAGUUUAACAAGUCUGCAAAUAACUACAGAACACAAUAGAGCCCCCCUCCCUUCCUCUCUCUCUCUCUCUCUCUCUCUCUCUCUCUCUCUCUCUCCUCUCUCUUUCUUUUCCUGCUUCCAAACGCCUUCUUCGAGGCUGAAGCUGGGCAGGUCUCCAAAGGUGCAGCAGCCACAACAAUCCAGCAGUUCAAAGUCAGGCAGCAAUUGCACAACUACCAGCAACUCUCUGAGCCUGCUGCUAAUGAGCUGAAAGCCAGGACCGUCUGAGGAGGUGAAGAGGAAGCUUCCAGCCCUCCUCCCUCCAAUUCGAAAUCCAGAUAUCUCCACCCCCCACCCCAGAUAACUCUGAGAUACGGUCCUUGCUAUUCGCUUGCCUGGGGGACCAUGGCUCCCUUUGGAAGAAAUUUGCUGAAGACUCGGCAUAAAAACAGAUCUCCCACUAAAGACAUGGAUUCAGAAGAGAAGGAAAUUGUGGUUUGGGUUUGCCAAGAAGAGAAGAUUGUCUGUGGGCUAACUAAACGCACCACCUCUGCUGAUGUCAUCCAGGCUUUGCUUGAGGAACAUGAGACUACAUUUGGAGAGAAACGAUUUCUGCUGGGGAAGCCCAGUGAUUACUGCAUCAUAGAAAAGUGGAGAGGCUCAGAACGGGCUCUUCCUCCACUCACUAGAAUCCUGAAGCUUUGGAAAGCUUGGGGAGAGGAGCAGCCCAAUAUGCAAUUUGUUUUGGUUAAAGCAGAUGCUUUCCUUCCAGUUCCACUGUGGCGAACAGCAGAAGCCAAAUUAGUGCAAAACACAGAAAAAGUGUGGGAACUCAGUCCAGCAAAUUACAUGAAGACGUUACCACCAGAUAAACAAAAGAGAAUAGUCAGAAAAACUUUCCGGAAACUGGCUAAAAUUAAGCAGGACACUGUGUCCCAUGAUCGAGAUAGUAUGGAGACAUUAGUUCAUCUGAUUAUUUCCCAGGACCAUACUAUUCAUCAGCAAGUCAAGAGAAUGAAAGAGCUGGAUCUGGAAAUUGAAAAGUGUGAAGCGAAGUUCCAUCUCGAUAGGGUAGAAAAUGAUGGAGAAAAUUAUGUCCAGGAUGCAUAUUUAAUGCCCAGUUUCAGCGAAGUCAAGCAAAAACUGGACUUGCAUUCGGAUGAAAACCAGAUUCCGGACGACCUGACCGAAAGCGAUGGAAUUGUACACCUGGAGGAGCAAUUAGCAUAUUACAGAAUGCUCAUUGAUAGGCUUUCCGCUGAAAUAGAGAAAGAGGUAAAAAGUGUUUGCACAGAGAUAAAUGAAGAUGCAGAAGGGGCAGCUGCGAGUGAACUUGAAAGCUCUAAUUUAGAAAAUGUUAAGUGUGAUUUGGAGAAAAGCAUGAAAGCCGGUUUGAAAAUCCACUCUCACUUGAGUGGCAUCCAGAAGGAGAUUAAAUACACUGACUCAUUGCUUCAGAUGAAAGCAAAAGAAUAUGAAUUCCUGGCCAAGGAGUUCAGUUCACUUCAUCUUAACAACAAAGAUGGAUGCCAACUGAAGGAAAACAGAGGGAAGGAAUCUGAGGUCCCCAACAGCGGUGGGGACGGUCCUUCCCUUACUCCGAGAGCACUUAACUUGUAUACAAAUGACACAGACUCAGACACUGGUAUCAGCUCUAACCAUAGUCAGGACUCAGAAACAGCUGUAGGAGACGUGCUGCUUCUGUCAACGUAAUUUGAAUGGCUUCUUUCUGAGCUACUGCAACGUUGUUCACGGUUGUUUAAUAGGAAACCUUAUUUUAAACAUCACGUUCCGAAAAAUGAUGUAAUUCAUGUUAAGUAUUUGGAAGUUAAUAAAAGCUAGAGAAAUUUGUAAGUUUA